AUGGCAGAGGAUGGGCGUAUCACACUUGAAGAAUUGAAGAAUUUGGUGUUGUAUCUUCAACAAACAAUUAUCAAAACACAAUCGGAGCUCAUUGACACAAAAAGCCAAUUGGAGAAGACAACGCGGCGCUGCGACGCACUGGAAGAGGAACUUCACAAAACUCGAAACGUCGUUCAUUCACAAAUUCCAAAAAUAAGUGAACUUGAAAAAGCCGAGUCAGUCACUCCGAAUGUCACAGAACACAGCGACGACUUCGGGUUAAGUAUAUAUGAGCUCAACUUUAUACGACUGAGUGACGCAUUGAAAACGUGGACGGGUCGCGAGGAGAUGUUAGUCUUAUUUGACUCUGACAUCGAUGACCAAAGUAAUGUCUCUUUUCAAGCAUGUGUCUUGAACAAACACUCUCUCUUUAUCAUCCUUUUUGAUAAGAAAGGAAACAUCUUUGGUGCGUAUUUGCGAAAGUCGGUGUCUAAAGUCUCGAAGAGAAUGGAAGACAAAGGACAUUUCAUCUUUUCUUUGGAAUCAAACGGAAGAGUCGACUCUCCUAAGAGAUGGAUCCCACGAAGUGACAAGCCUUCAACUUGUUUCAUGCUCAAUCGAACAAACAACACUAUCGGAAGACUCUGUGAAAUCGGAUUUCCAGAAGGUUUUAUUUCAGUCUCUAAGACCUCCUUCAGACAAAGUGGAUGCGUCGACUUGUCUACUAAAUAUGAGGGAAUCGAUAACGACGACUUGAACGCAACAAACAACGAAAUUUUCCAUUUCGAAAGAAUUAUGAUCGUCCAGAUGCUGUAA